AGUGGAACGGUCUUUGCUCUCUCUCUCUCUCUCUCUCUAAUCUAUAUCUCUGCUUUUGGAAACGAAAACCGUGGGUUUUGCCUUCCAAAGCUGGGUGUGACCCCGCCCUCCCCAACUCCGCAAAACCAUGGGCAGCGUUUCCUGUCAGCUCCCACCAGAAAACCUCCUCCUCCAAAACCAGUUGCCGCUGCUCGCUGUAUGUACCACACGCCCAUCCUGUCCCCGUCCACCAUCGUCCCCCCAUAAAACCCGUCCACCUCCCCACUGCUUCCUCCUCAGUUCCGCAAAAACCCUUCUUUGGGCCUUCCCUCCUUGAUGCUGAACUGGGUUUUGAGUCAAAAUGGGAUCUUGCGCCCCGUGGGAUGAGGCUUUGGAGGCUCCUGGUGCUGUGUUCCGGGGUUUCUUGAGGUUUCGCUGACUUGGGUAUGUUCUUUUAUCUGCUGGGCUGCGCUCUGUUUUUCGAUAGCAAGGGGAGAAUCCAAAAAUAGUUUCUUUAUUGGCAAUCGAGAAUAGGAGAUUCGUUGGGAGCGAGGUGAAGAUAGAAUCUGGCUUUUUUGUGUUUUGUAUUUUGUGUUUGAUGGAACCCAAUGGUUUAGGUGGCGGGAUCUUUGGAGGCAUUGGCCCCGGAAUGCUAGGUCUAGAAAUGUCUCUGCACCAGCAGCAGAACCCCCCACCGAAUUCCCAAAACCCUCACUCCCUGCACCACCCGCAAUUGGUGGCCUAUGCCCACCAUGAGGCUGACCACCACCACCCUCAGCCUCAGCCGGCGAAACCCGGGUAUGCCUUUGCCGGCAAGUCCAAGCAGCAGCUGACCCUUAGCGACGAUGACGAGGCCGGGUUCAAUGGCGAUGAUGGUGCCGGGGACGGCAAGAGGAAGGCGUCUCCGUGGCAGAGGAUGAAGUGGACCGACACCAUGGUCAAGCUCCUUAUAAUGGCCGUGCUCUAUAUCGGCGACGAGGGGGGUCCGACAACCGAGUCUAGCGACCCCAAGAAGAAGCCCGGGAGCUUGCUUCAGAAGAAAGGGAAGUGGAAGUCGGUGUCGCGGGCUAUGAUGGAGAAAGGGUUCUAUGUGUCGCCGCAGCAGUGCGAGGACAAGUUCAAUGAUUUGAAUAAGAGGUAUAAGCGGGUCAACGACAUACUCGGGAAGGGGACGGCUUGCCGGGUGGUGGAGAACCAGAGCUUGUUGGAAGUGAUGGAUUUGUCGACGAAGAUGAAGGAAGAAGUUAAGAAGCUGCUCAACUCGAAGCAUUUGUUCUUUAGAGAGAUGUGUGCUUACCAUAAUAGUUGCGGUCAUGGUCCUGGGGGUAGUGGUGGCGCCGGCGGUGCCCACCACUCGCCCGAGGUGGCUGUGGAACCAUCUCACAUUCAGCAGCAGCAGCAGGUGCCGCAGCGAGGUUGCUUUCAUGCUGCGGACUCUGCAGCGGGUGAUCAUUUGGGUAAAACAGAAACUGAGGCUUCAAAGAUGUUAAAGGGAGGGAGCUGCGAAGAAGAAUAUGGUGACGAUGAGGAUGAAGAUUCGGAAGACGAAGAUGAUGAUGAUAGUGAUGAUGAGGUGGGAGAAGGUGGUUCGAGGGGUCACAGCGGGCAGGGACAUGAAGAUGAACAUGAACACAGCGAGAGGACAUCAUCGUUCAAAAGGCCGAGGAAAUACCUAUUCCCACCACCUACAAUGUUCGUGCAGCAACUGAGCGGUGAGGCGACGGGCGUGAUGCAAGAUGGUAACAGGAGUCCGUGGGAGAAGAAGCAGUGGAUGAAGGUGAAGCUGGUGCAGCUGGAGGAGCAGCAAGUGAGCUACCAGCUGCAGGCGUACGAGCUCGAGAAGCAGCGGCUGAAGUGGUUGAAGUUCAGCGGCAAGAAGGAAAGGGACAUGGAGAGAGCCAAGCUCGAGAAUGAGCGGAGGAGGCUCGAGAACGAGAGGAUGGUGCUUCUUCUCCGCCAGAAGGAGCUCGAAUUGCUCGAUCUUCAACAGCAGCAGCAGCAUUCAUCCAACAAACGGAGCGAACCUUCCUCAAUCACGGGAUAAUUUGUACAUUUUAUAAGAUAGAGUAGACACAGAGAACUGGUUAUUCUUCAGAAUGUAGUUGUGAUCUCAGUAUUUCUGUAUGAAUUCAAUUGGUUAGCUGUUUCCUUCAGAAUCCUUUUCUUUUC